AUUUACCUCACAUUAAGCCUACUAACCAGUAUUUCAUUAACUCUGCUACUAAUUAUUAUUACAUUUUGAAUCCCCCAAUUUAAUCUAUAUCUAGAAAAAUACAAUCCCUAUGAAUGUGGCUUCGACCCUACCACCUCUGCACACCUGCCCUUCUCCAUAAAAUUCUUCCUAGUCGCCAUUACAUUCCUCCUCUUUGACCUAGAAAUUGCCCUACUACUGCCCCUACCAUGAACAAUACAGACAAAUAACCUAAUAUUAACAAUUAAUGUAAUUCUAAUUCUACUAAUCAUUCUUGCAUUAGGACUAGCCUACGAAUGAACCCAAGAAGGCCUAGACUGAACCCAAU